GAAUUGGGAAAGAUAUUGUUUCUUUGUUGAACUGUUCUUGUUAAUGCCUCACAUCUGGAGGCAGGGAAUUUUGAAGGUGAACCUACUUUCAUAUGAAAGUUUUCAGUUCGCAUUGCCUAACAAAUGUGUGGGAUAUCUUGCGGUGCAUAGAUGAUUUGUCUGGCAUUGUGGGAUACAUUACUAUCUAGCAUUCCAAGGUCAAUGACUUUCCUUCCAGACCUGAAGGAAAUUUCCUUGAAAAUGACCACCAUUACAGGGAUUAGUCUUAAUAGAAUAUAUUAAUAUGCAUUAUUUACAAAAGUUCUUUGCUUCUCUUUUUUGUCAUUACCAUCCCCUAUGAGGACAGUCUUAUGCAAAUAAGUUGUGGAAACGCUGUUCCAGAAUCCAGACAGCUGUCCAAUUUUUCACAAUAAAACCUGAACCUAAAGAGUUAAGACCCUUAACCGGAUGACAGAUCAAAGAGAGGAUGACCCUGAUACAGCUGUGCACUUCCUUGGUCAUUCCACAUCGCACUUGGACUCGAUACAACGAUGAAGUCUUUCGUGUUUUUGCUAAGUUUGAUUCUAAUCGAGCAAGCUUAUUCUUUGGAUUGUCCUGCUGGAUCUUACCGCCGAAGAUUCUUCUGGAAACAAUCAUGCAAGACCUGCCCGACUGGUAGUUAUUGUCCUGGAGAUAACACACGGCAAAGAUGCGAGUCAGGGUAUUAUGCAGAUACUCGAGGAAGUACAUCUUGCACAAUAUGUCCAGUCGGUCACAGUUGUUUCUUUAAAUCCAGAAUGCCAAGAGAAUGUCCUAAAGGACGAUAUCAAGACGAAAGAGGACAAAGAUAUUGCAAACGGUGCCAACGUGGUGAAUUUAACGAUCGAAUUGGUCGCUCAACAAGGUGUGAACAGUGCCCGUUGGGCCAUGUUUGUUUCUCUACGACCACUGCGCCAAGAAAAUGUCCCAUAGGAUACUACAAGGACCAAAGAGGACAAAGAUAUUGUAAGGAAUGUAACAGGGGCGAGUACAGCAUUCAAACUGGUCGUUCAACAAAGUGUGAUAUUUGUCCCGUUGGUCAUAGCUGUUACUCAAAGACUGACCUACCGAUAAAAUGUUCAAAAGGGCAGUAUCAGGACGAGCAGGGACAAAGAUAUUGCAAAUCGUGUCUGCCUGGCGAAUACAGCAUUCAAAUUGGACGUUCAACAAAGUGUGAUAUUUGUCCUGCAGGUCAUAGUUGUUUCACUACGACAGCCCUGCCGACAAAAUGUCCCAGAGGAAGAUAUCAAGACCAGACCGGACAAGUUAAUUGCAAACUGUGCAGCCAGGGAUUUAAUAUGGAAUGUCUUUUUUGUUUAUAUGGGAUGUUUUGUCCAAACAAAGAUACUCUUGUGAAAAGCGAGAUUCAGAAUGCAGUGAAGUACGCAGCCGAGGCUUACAGUGAAAACCUCCAGGAUGAUUCUGUAUUAAGAAACAAUAGUGAUAACAAAAUCCGUGGUUUUGUGAAAUAUCAUAACGAGGCAAUCAUUGUAUCAUUUCGCGGCAGUGUCAAAGACGACGACAAUGAUACGAUAAGCAACCGCGAGUUCAGGAGACGCGAUUAUCGAUCCACGGGUUGCAGCGAAUGCGAGGUACACACUGGAUUUAGCAAAUCUUACCAUUCUGUGAAAGAGCAGAUGAAUAGCAAGGUCGGAGCUUUAUCACGUCUUCAUUGGAACGCGAGGCUGAUCGUCACUGGGCACUCGCGUGGCGGGGCACUGGCAACCCUCGCCGCAGUUGAUUUGACCAGAUCUGGUUAUAAUACAAAUCUGAUAACGUACGGUUCCCCUCGAGUUGGGAACAAAAGGUUUUCAGAUUAUGUCAACAAAAUUCUGAGAGGGCUGAAUCUACGAGUGACGUACAAAAACGAUGUUGUGACUGUACUUCCUCCCAAGAUUAGUGGAUAUAGGCACGUUGGCCAGGAGAUACAUUACACAUCUCCAAGCACGAGCUAUAAAUUACCUAAAAACACAGACGUUGGAUAUAUAAGAACAAGCCGUGAAGAUCACAAACUCAUUAAUUAUCAAAAAUUGCAUUGAACAUUUGUUUAUCAAAGAAUAAUAUACCAAGAAUACUUGCAUGCAUAGUGAUUAUUAUUGAUAUAUUUUUGUACGAUUAAUUUUAAAAAUGAUUUGUCACACUAUUGAAUAAAAACAUUAAAAACAUGUACUCCGUUUCACUUGUUAAUAAAUAGUUCUUGCUUAAAUAAAAGUCAUAAAGUUUGUUUGUCAUCAACGGUGGAAUGUUGUUGGCGGGUGAGGAUGGAUUUUCAAAAAGUUCGGAGUCUCUAGUACUCUUGCAAAGAACAGACACUUUCUAGAGUCCGGGAGGGUUAGUUAUAGUGUAGAA